UCAUUCGGUUCAGUCGGAUUUUGAACACCGAAGGAGCGUAAUGGGUAGCUAGUCAGGAGAAGAGAGUGAAGCAAAACAUCGGCCUUUGUCCGCUAUUUUAGCGAUUUGUUUUAAACACACCACCAGCGCCAGCAGCACCGUCUUUUCACCCAUUUUUACCACCCAGGAGGAGUAAAUUGAAAAUCGCGAGUGUCUCCCUUCGUCAACGUUGCGCGCGGCCUGCUACGACGGAGCUCCGAUCUCGAUUUCGAUGCGUUUGUGCGAUUUUUUGCGGUUCUGAUCGAUCGGUCGGAUGAGUCGUCGCGGGUGUCGUGGAAAAGUUUUUCGAUGAAGAAAGAAGUUUGAAAAAGGCGAAAUUUUUUCUCGGCUGUAGGAAGGAAAAGUCGCAAAAAGAGGCUAGCAGGCAGAGGAAGAAGAAUAAGAAGCAGAAGUCCCUUUUUCCUCAAUCGCGAUCUCUAUUGGCAGCAGCAGCGCGGAUUGUGAAGAAAGAAGAAGCAGCAGUUUGUGCUUGUGUUGGUAUAAGCGCGAUCCCGUCUCAACGUUCACACUCACACAGUGGCAGCCCGUAGUUAUUUGCGUGUGCGUGACGUCAGUCGGUGUUGUUGUUUUUGUGUCAAAUCGGCACGAUUUCUACACCGAAUCGAAUGAAUCGGAUGCAGUCAUCUUGAAUCCUCCCGGAGAUCACGUACUCGCUCUUUUCUCAACUUACUUGGGGGAGAAAGAAGAAGGUGAAAGAGCCCUAGUUUGGUAUUUUCUUCUUGCGAAAGAAAUUCAAGUGGAAAAUCGCGUUUCGGUGUGAUUUUUCCGCUCCGGGAAUCGGUGGGUGAAUGGUGCAUGUAAAAUUCGCUUGCAAGUCCGGUUUUUCUUCGUCGGGGUAAGAUCCAAAGGAAAGUGCGAUUUUGAGUGGCCUUUUCCUGGUGCUGUUGUCGGAUACCGUGGAUCUGAAGAAAAGCACUUUCCCGAGAGUCAAAGAUCUAGCGAGGAGAGCAAAAAACACGACAGCAACAAUGGUGGAACGUAUUGUGGAGGAAACAUCUGAUGCAAAUCAAGAUUCGCGAAACACCGAGGUUGGCCGCUACAGCAGCGAGGAGAUAUCGGGCAAUGAAUCGAACGAGACGCGCCUGAUGACCGAUGCGGAGCGGGAGGCCGACUUCAACCGCCACAAGGAAGAGAUGAAGCGCAAGAAACGCAAGAAGAAACGAACCAGUUCGUCGAUGCAAUCGUCAUGUUUUCAAGAACAGUACAAACUGACUGGCGAGGUGCUCGGCGAAGGCGCGUACGCUUCGGUGCAAACGUGCGUCAACAUCUACACGGAGCUGGAGUUCGCGGUGAAGAUCAUCGACAAGAUUCCUGGCCACGCGCGGGCUCGCGUCUUCCGUGAAGUUGAAACCUUCCACCAUUGCCAGGGCCAUCCGAAUAUCUUGCAGCUAUUGGAAUUUUUCGAGGACGAGGAAAAAUUUUACCUAGUGUUUGAGAAGAUAAAUGGCGGACCGUUGCUGACGCGCAUCCAGGAGAACGUGUGCUUCUCCGAGUACGACGCCGCGCAGAUCAUCAAGGAGAUCGCGUCCGGGUUAGACUUUCUGCACAAGAAAGGCAUCGCCCACCGGGAUCUGAAGCCGGAAAACAUCCUGUGCGUGCACCCGGAAAAGCUGUGUCCUAUCAAGAUCUGUGAUUUCGAUCUCGGCUCCGGGAUCAAGUUCACCACCAACAUGUCGUCGCCAACGGCCACGCCGCAACUGUUGACACCGGUCGGAAGCGCUGAGUUUAUGGCCCCGGAGGUGGUGGACUUGUUCGUCGGCGAGGAGACGUACUACGACAAGCGGUGCGAUCUGUGGUCGCUGGGCGUGAUUGCGUACAUCCUGUUGUGCGGGUAUCCGCCCUUUUCCGGCAACUGCGAGAACGACUGCGGCUGGAAUCGGGGCGAGAACUGUCGAACCUGCCAGGAGCUACUGUUCGAAUCAAUCCAGGAGGGACGAUUUAGCUUCCCGGAGAACGACUGGGUAGAUGUUAGUGAAGAGGCUAAAGACUUAAUCCGUGGGCUUUUGGUCAAGGAGGCGCCCAAGCGCCUCAGUGCCGCCGCGGUGCUCAACCACCCGUGGAUUAAAAUUACCGAUGAAGGUGAUUGCAUCGAUGGCGUCAAUUCCGAUGCAAUCAAGGAAAAGCAGCGCCGACGAGUAUUGAAGACACCGGUUAUUAUCCGGCGCAACCAAUCGGCACGAGAGCUGUCGCACUUUGCCGAAUCUGCGAUGGCCGUAAAGCGUGUCAUCUUGCAGCAUUUUUCGAUGCGCUACGACUACAUGAAUGUAGAGCGGCCGAACAUUUAUCAACCUUCGGUGCAGCAGCUGCAACAGCAGGAAGUCGUACUUCAGAAAAAGAAUGCUAACCAAGAACCGAUGUCGUCCGCUCUGUACUCUGCGAAGAAAGGAUCCGUGGAACUUGGGGCCACGGAUCAAACUCCAGAGCGGAAUACGUUGGAAGCGGUGGUUCGAACCGAACCACAACCGUGCCCACCAUCGUCUGCCCGAACAAGCAUCAUCAAGGUGCAGGCCGGUGGGGGAGAGCGGUAUCAUGCGGGAGAUGCGGAUGACGGUGGAUCUCUGUCAUCAUCCCCAUCUUCAUCGCCGUCGUCAGUGUCAUCGACGUCAUCAUCGUCAUGCUCAUCAUCAUCAACUGACGAACAUCAUCAUCGCUGUGAUGGAGAUGCUGUCUAUGUCAGCAUCAGGAAGUCAUCUUCGGCGUCUACGUUGACACCGGACGCAUCGCCGAAUUCGGUGACUUUAUCUCCAAUUGCCACCGCCACUAGUCAUCAAGGUGUCAAUGGGCUUGCCACGAUGAGCCCUCCUAAUACCGCGGAUUGCGGUUCCGAUAAUAAGGAAAACAAAUCCAUUAAGCCUUCAGUACAACCCCAGCAGCAGCAAAAACCGCUGGAUGUGAUCAAGGAGAAAAGUACUGCUCCGUCCAUAACUUCCAGCUCUGUGACGAUUCCACCGGAGCAAAACUGGCGAUACCGUGGUGCCGAUUCCGACGCUCACAAGUUCAAACAUCCGUCUUCGAUACUCGGUCCGAGUUACAACAAUUCCCCUAAGGCACGCUAUUACCACCCGCAGCAGCAACAGCAGCAGCAGUAUCGCAACUUUAGCUCGUACAACAACUACUACAACAAUCACAACAACCAUCAUAAUAACCAUCAUCAGAACGUCUACAAUCAGUACCGUAGUGGCAGUGGCGGUGGUACCAGUGGAACAACCGGAAAACCGUCCUACUAUCGCCAACAACAACCGAAGAGCAAUAACGAAAAGUCGAGUGGCAUCGAUAUCCGUUCGCAGCAUCCACAGCAGCAGUACUGGCGAAGCCGUCGGAACAACCACUACAACAACGAUGACGAAGACGAGCUGGUGGUGGCCGACGGAUCGCCAUCCUAUCGUCACAGCAAUGGCUACACUAGCAACAAAGCUCGGUUACAAUCGGCCAUUUCGGAUGCGUCGGGUAACAUCCAUGGCACAUCAAUCAACAACAAUCCUAAUCACCAUCAGUACAAUCGCGGAGGAGGAACCAUCAAUCGGGUUAGUAACACCGGCGGCGGUGGCACCUAUCGUCAGCAGCAGCACCAGUAUCGCCAGAACGAGCUGGUUUCUUCCGGAACAACGCUUCAUGACGAGCACACCAACGGCGGUGGAGGAGGAGCUGAGUUAGUUAUAGUAGGAGGAGGAGGGCGUAUGCCAACACAAAAUAGAAAUACUUUGAACUGUGAUCCAAUAACAAAUAAUACUACUAAUAAGUAUAAGCAUUAUCAUACAAACUCAAACACAAUUGUUACCGCACUGAAGCGAGAGACGUUAAACGGCUAUCAAUCGAUGAUCAAGCAGCUGCGCAUCAGCGACCUGCACGACGACUACGGCAGCAGCACCAACGGCGGCCUGAUGGUUGGCCUUUCGCCACCGAACGAAUCCCAGCUGAUGCAGCGACGUCUCUCGCUCAAAUCGCGCAGCAUUUGCAGUCCGCUGGAAGCGGCGGUGGAUUCCAUUGAACAACAACAAAAACAACAAGAACAGCAACAGCAGCAACACCACCAGAAGUACCAAUACCAUCCCCAUCAUCAUUAUCAGCAGCAGCAGCAGCAGCAACUUCAACGCCAAACGCCAAACUUGGCACUCACGACAAAAAGUGGUUGAAGAACCGUUUGCUAGAAGAAACACAAGGAUUCCCUGUUUCCUUUUCGUUUUUCUUGAUUUUCCUUCUCUUCUGUCUCACCUUUUUUUUCCAACCUGAACAGUUGUUGCUUGCUCCUUCCGGAUCCUUCUUUUCUCACAAGUUUAUCCCUUUAAACUUUGGAUCUACUAUCAUAGCGAUGUGACAACGUUCCUUCAUUUACCUCCCGUUUACGAUGGCCUGUUCCAGGAAAAUUGUAAUCUUCCUCUCUUUUAACCAUGUAAAAGUCUUGUAUUAUCCUUUUUUUUACUACAAACCUUUUCAGGAAAAAGGCUUACAUUGCGAAACAAUUCCCUAACGAGAACCAAUUGUUUAGAAUUAGCAUUUUUCGCGCUAAUAUGUUAUGUUAUGUUAUCAUCGAAAACGAUAGAACAAUCCAGGUGGCAAAUUGUAGAAAUAUAUAUUUUUUCGGAGCAUUUGAAAUUUGGAUAAUUAGUGUUCUUGCGACAAUCAAAACGCGGUGACCGUUUUUUUUUCUUCUGAUUAGUAAUAAGAAUAUUGCGAUAACCUACCGUGAAGUGGUAUAAGUUUUGAAAGCAGUUGUCUAUUAACUUUGUUGCAAGAAAUUUUAUUUUGUUUGUAGUAAUUGGUUUGCGGCCAAAUUUGCUAAUAAAUUUGUAGUUUGGAAUUGUGAUUCAACUAACGAAAGAAGACAGGUGAAGAAUAAUAUGUUUCUUUAAAACGAUACUUACGAAUUGAAGUUUUAAGUGAGGAAGUUUAAUAUCGAAUAUCAGCCCGGAUUUAUAUGCAGCAGGAAACCAUCUAUUGGACAUUGUUGGUUAUUGAAAAAGACAAAUGCUCAACGUAGAAAAAGUGAUACGCAUCAUUAGUGACAAUUAACAUUGCCAGUUCCUUUCGGUUUUAAGCAUGGAAUUCAUGUCGUGGACUUCUCCAGUAGCUCAUAUUUGUAAUUGAAAAAUGUUUUUAUAUUUCCUAAUGAAAAUACAGAAAUUGCAAUGGUUAAGCAAGGAAACGAAAAGUGCAGUGAGUAAGUGGAUAACAAGCAUAUCCGUAUAAAGCCAGGGGAGGUCAGAUCGUGCCGUUUUUAUGUUUUUUUUUAAGAUUGGACGGUUUUAAUAGAAAGUCAUUGGAAAUCGACAGCCUUCGAUCAAAAUAAAAUAAGCAUGAAAUUUAGCCCAGUGUGUUGAUUCUUACCAGAAUUACAAUGAUGUAACAUACGUUUGAAGACUUAGGUCGGUUCCGCCUUUGUAAAGGGUAAAUUUAUUUGUCUAAAAAGUGCAGGAAAUUUUCCUAAUACAGUGUGACAUAGAGCGGUGGGGUCUGCCGGUUAAACAGAAAACGCGUCAGCAUUUUGUUCAGAAAGGCUGUGCUCCGAAGGGCUCUCUGUAAUUGGCACAUUCUAGCCAUUGCCCGUUCUUAUAGAUCGGACAUAUGAUGCCAUGCAAAUGAAGUGAAUCGAUUGACGCAGCUGCUCACUAACAACUUUGAGAAGCUCGACCGGGUUUUCGUCCUUCCCAGCUAACGGCAGAGCAGUAAAGCUGUUUUUCCUUUUAUUUAAGUAAGGCUGAUUUGGCUUCUUUCAGACGAACGUUUCUAGUUCCCCAGCUUGAUUGUCGUCAUCUAUGUUUAUCUUGUUUGAAGUGCUUCUUCCACCUGGCUGCCACCAUAAUUUUAUCUUUCCUUCCCGGUUUUUGCACAUGGCGGGCCUUGGCGUAAUCUAGUGCUGUGCGCCAUUGACAGUUACGUAAAAUCUCCGCAUAUUGUUUCGAUACAUAGUCCCCAUAGUCCAUCCAUUGUCAAACUAUCAAAUACACUUCGUGCUGCUUUUUCUUUCUGCGGUGGAUUAAUUUCUUUGUCACUUCCGUUUUACAGCCACUAGCCACUAGCCACAACCCCUCGGUGCCAAUUUCCUCGCGGUGCAGUCCUAAACACUUCCUGCGCUGUUGUAGUCAUAGUUUCAUUGAUGUUCUUCCUCGAACUAUUGACGUCGACAGAUCCGUGGUAAAGUCGUGAUUAUUAUCGUCGAUAACGGAAUGAAAGCUGCCCGUACCAACGACAGGACGAAAGUAGAGUUCUCUCCCGGUCUGUGCGUUUGCGUCAAUGACUAUUUUUGAUUCGUAUUUUUGACACUCUCCAUAGGUCUUUUCAAGGCUCUCAUUCGUGUCAUCAGGCGUACCGUUCGGAAGGCAAAGAUGCCGAUCAGGCUGUAGUUGAACAAUUUGCCCUUAAUUCUCAGCACACAGAUAAAAUCCACAUUCGCAUUGCGUUCCUCCGACUUCCUCAGGUGUCUCUUGGGUCGAGCUUCAUGUCCGUUUGACGUUGGAGUCAGAGUCUCCAUUCUUAGAUAUAAAUCGGUAGUUGAUGGUAAAAUUUACCUUCUGCAACUUUUCCAUCAUCGCUUUCUCUAUUGUGAAGACCCAUUCGACAUGAAUAUCGUUCAGAAUGGAUCGUUUUACCAUCAGUUGUCUUUACAUCAUUUUGGGUUUAUAGAUAGGGUUGAUGAAGACAGGUUUAAUCGGCUCGUUUCGCUGUUGAACUUCUCUUAGCAUCAAUGUUUUUGGAAGAAAGUCCAGCUGAGCAGUGGAAUAGACAUUGGUUUUCAUCACGGUCCUCACGCGUUUGGGCAUAUUGCCAGCAGAUUCCUUCCUGAAAGUGUUUUGUUGCUAGGAAUCGUUCUAUUGAGCGCUCUCUCGGAUCAAGGUGAUGCUUCACCCUUUUCAGUUUGUGUCCUCCAAAGUGAAUUUGUGUCCAGUUCGUUCCUCGAGCGUUUAGGAUAGGUGGGUUCGGUGCUCUCCAUAUUCAGGAUUAUGGCUAAAGCCUCUCUUCUAUCUUUUACGCUCUCCCGGAGAUUUUUUGGCGUUUUCCUCUGUGAGUGCUUGAGUCUUCGAAUUUAGGUACUCGCACUAGGGUGGCUCAAAUUAGUAUGGGAAAAACUUUUUUCAAUUUUUUUGAUGGGCCGCCCUCUUAUUCGGUUCUAUUCAAUGCCCUGAUGCUCUGGACAAAAUUUCAGCCAAAUCGGUCAACGUUUGGGCGGUGCUAAACUUGUUGGAAGUUUAUAUGCAAAAAUGUAUGCAGAAACACCCAAAAACAGUAAAUUGCAGCUGGACUGCACAACUUACGAUGAAGAACUAUGAUACUCAUUCAGAUCUUGAAGAAUUUAAUACAGAAUGUUAUGCAGAAAACCGCGAGAAGAUUAGAGUUUGCCCGGCUAAGUUAUUAGCAUUUCUCUGAAGUGGGGUUUUAGCAAAUUUCGUUUCUUUUACCUUUGAAAAGAAAUAAAUUCACCCCUACAACACUCCAGUAAAAUGCUAAUAUCUUUGCGUAAUAAACUCUAAUCUUCUCGCGGUUUUCAGCAUAACAUUCUGUAUUUAAUUCUACAAGAACUGAAUGAGUAUCGUGGUUCUUGAUCGUAAAUUGUGCCUUCCAACUGCAAAUCACUGUUUUUGGAUGUUUCUGCAUACAUUUUUCCAUAUAAAUUUCCAACGAGUUUAGCACCGCCCAAACGUUGACCGAUUUGGCUGAAAUUUUGUCCAGAGCAUCAGGGCAUCAAAUAGAACCGAAUAAGAGGGCGGCCCAUCAAAAAAUUUGAAAAAGUGUUUUUUGAGCCACCCUAACUCGCACCCUCGGCAUCCAUAGAAUUCAUACUUUAAGAACAAGCCUCCCGGAAUCCAACACGAAAUUAAUUCGCGUUUUCAAUGCAGACCACUUAAUACGGAAGCAUCUUACAACUGUCAUUUUUAUUGUUUCAAGCAUGCAGCGACGCAGCUAAGGUAAAAUUAAAAGUAUGACAGUAGUACGUUGCUUCCUUACUGAGUGGUGUGCCCUUGAAAACGCGACUAUUUUAAUUUGAAUCCGAGGUGGCUGUCUUAAAUCGGAUCCUUUAUUGGUUGCCUGAUGAUCGGAGGGGUCGCUAAUGAUCCUGGUCCUUGUUAUCAUAUAUGUCCUCCAGAAAGUUAAAUGCGGUCAAUGGAGGGUGAGGUAGAUCUAGGGACUAUUAGCAUUUCGCUCUCACAAGUCUGAAAGAAGAUAGUCGUCACCUUGAAGGUUAUAUUUUAAAAUCGAACCCAUUUUUGAUCCUACCAGUGCCUCGUCGUAGUGCACUAAGGGCAGCUUACUGGUGGUUGUCACUCCAUGCUCCGUUCAUGGUUGAGCUUUUUUAGAACCCUCUCAAUUUUUCUUCCGUUACCAGGGCUUGGGACUUGAGCUGGACUGGAGCUCAAAUUCACAAUAGUUUCCAACUCUUUCGGACAUGAAACUGCGGAGAUUCAUUAUCGCUCCCGGACUUGAACUCAUUUGUAAUUUUUUUCAGGAGGCCCUGAGACCCGUGGUAUUUUUAUACCAAUCGACUCAGUUCGACGAAAUGAUAUCACGACGAACAAUGGGAUCAGAAGUUAUGGCCAAAAUAUUAAUUUUAAACCGUUUUUUUAAAUAUCUUUUUUUUUUACAAUUGUACUCGUCCGAAUUGCUCGAUAUAAGUUGCGUUGAACAUGUCCGCCGAAGUUGUGCAUCUGCAGGAGUUCUUGAAUGUGAAUUAAAGACGCCAAAUUAAUACAAUUGUGUUAAGGCGUCUUAUGGAGAAAAGUGGGUGGGCAUUUGAAUUUGCAUAUUAGGAAAAUUGUUAACAACCCAGAGGCGAAUCGUAUGAGAAUAAUGAGAUCAGCUUCCAUAACAAAUAUUGAGAAUUGAGUAGCAAGGCCUUGCUGAAAUGUCUUCCAUACGUUACUUAAACAAGUAAAAAGAAGUUUCGCGAAGAAAACUCAGUUAAUUCAAAAUCAUUUCUACAAUUGGCCAUCUCUAUUGUUAUUUGUCGUACCGCAAUUAGAGUUUAAGCAAUUUUUAAGAAACUCCAUAUCAACAAUGGAGGUCAACAUUGCGUUCACUUUCUCCUCACGAUAGUAUCCCCAUAGGAUGGGGACAAGUACUAUAAAACGCCGGUAGAAAGAGGAAACGGAGGAACCACGUACUAAUCGUUUAUGUAAAAGCGAGAACAGAGUGUGCCAGAUAAACGUGUUUUGGCUAUGGAAGUGUUGUCAAGUUCAAAGAAUGAAUCCCCAUUCAAGAAGGUUUGAGCGAAACAUUGUCAAGCAUAUGUUCCAGGUGUGGCAAAUUCCUUAUGUUACGGGUUUUUGGAAAUGAAAAGCCGCCACCGUCGGGAAUUGUAACAAACAUACAAACAAACAGACACACACACUGUACGUAUUUGUAGUGGUAGAAAGCAAAAUGUAAUAUCGACAACAUUAUAACAAAACAAACUCAAAAUACAGUUGUAUCUUUGCGUAGAAGAACAUACAAAAAAAGGAAACAUCAGAGAGCCAAGAGAAGAAAAAUGAAAGUUUAUUUACUAAUUUAUUGACUAAACCUCAUAUAUAUUAUAAAAAGAAGAAACAAAGCAAGGCCAACAGUUAAAAGAUAUCAAUUGGUCGCACCUAGAGAGUAAACUCCGUUAAUCCCUUGAAAGUUAUUGCAGCAGACGCGAGGUAAAUAUGUGCUGAUUUAUUCCUGGAAGAUUGGUAUUACAUAGUUUUGAACUAGCUCUAGAAUUGAGCGAAGCUAAAUUUAAGUGGCCCCAUUAGGGGAAACCGAAAGCGAAAGCUAGAAAUCAGCGCAACACAGUGCUCAGGAAUUCUCAAACUGUCGAUCGCAACCCCGUACGCUGCUCAUUUGCUGUUUGCUUUUUGGCCUUCAAAAACAAGGCAAUCAAAUAUGGGUUGUGUGAUGAAGAAAAAGGAUUAAAGCGUGAAAUCGAAGAUAUUAGCAAUGUUUCCAGUCGUUAACGCUGUAAACGUCAUAUUGGAUUCGAAAAUAAUUAUUUAAAAAAACCAAACGUUUUAUAAUUUCAUUUGAUUUUUGUAAGGACGUGGUCAGUGCCGUUAUUGUUGUAUCUACCCACUUUCACGCCCUUUAAUAGCUAACGUUUGAAUAGUCUGAUUACAAUUGAGGCAUACGUCGGACAUGUCAAAUCUUCCGGUUAUCUAUGAGCAAAAUUAGCCUCACACCUCGGGAAUUUGGUUUUAGCGUCCCCUUUAGAAAGACAACGACAAAAUCGGAAAAAGCGGACAAGAUUUCCGCGAGUUGAGAAUGCACCACUCGAUGUUACAACGACGGAAGGCUCUGGAACAAUCACGUGGUUACGUUGUGACCAUUAGGCAGAAUUCUUAGGAUUGUAGUUCAUUUGAUCUAAAGUUGUUCGGCCACUAUUAUUGCGUAAACCGGUCUACAUCGUCUAAUUCUAACUGUAAUUUAUGUCGCUGUCUUACUUUUGAUGACGAAUAAUAUCCUGAUCUAGAAUAGGAAACUUCUACUCAUGUUUUCAGUUCUUGCUCGUUUGAGAGGGUGCAUCCUUCCACGUCUCCCAGAACAGCUGGCAUUUAGUUCUGUAAAGAUGUGAUUCAUAGCAAUCUUUAUUGUUCAGAAUAUGUUAUUUACUAUGUAUAAGGUAAAGUUUACAGCGUUAACCAGAGGAAGCAUAUUCAGAAGAAAUGUACAUAUUUUAUACAUUCUUGACGAUUUUAUGCAUGCUUGGUCUGAGAUCUGAUUAGGUGCUUUUAAUUCGGCUCCUAGGGAGCCUCUACUCAGUUUGAGAACUACUGAGGUUCAUUGAUUUUUGUUUAACCCUAAGUGUCAAUAACCAGAUUGUGUAUUCGGAAUUCGGAUGAAAGUUAUCAAUUUGGACUGCUGAGCAAUUUACUUCCUUUCGUAUUUAAUUGUUUACUUUUAUCCCAGUAGGGCAGAACAUGCUUUAGCUAACUUAUCCAAAAACAAAAUAUCAUGUUUUAAAAACUUAAACAAUGUCCUUAUUUUAGCUCUUAAUCACAUGGAAUAUGAAAGAAAUUAAGCAAUAUUUAGUAGUAUAUUGGACCUUGACCGUACGGAAUCCUUAGAAGUUUUGUUAUCAAAUGUGAAAAUGAAAUUAAAAAAUCUUGCUUUAACAAAAUUUAGAAGAAAAAAUAAACACAAAAAAGAAAAACAAAGGAACAGAUAAGACUGGAUUCAAAAUUCCUUUUCAUCCUUCCCAGCUCCAAACGUUCAAUGAAAAAAACACAGAAAAAGAAGUAAACCUAACAGUUCAUCUUUCCAUAAGAAAAAUUGUUCGAUGCAUUCGUCGCCCCUUUCAAAUUGAAUGCAAAAACAAGGUAGUCAGGGAUUGCAACUGUUAUUUAAAACAUAAAAAAUCCAAGUAAACUUGGAAUACCGUUUCUUUUUUUCUAUGAAAGAAUUUCAAUUUCUUGCGUGGUUAAAAAACAAUAGGUUGCACCUAUUGUUCCACAUACAUUUAUUUCCGUUUGGCGUUAGCAGAUGAAAAAAGAACCUCGAACACCCCCUCCAAUAAUAUAAACAUACAAGAAUGCGUUGGCUAGUUGAAACAACGAACCGUUGCACACAAUCUUCAAGGUGUGAAAAAUGGAACGGUCUCACCAAAUUAAUUGAACAAUAAGGUGAAAAAAAAAACUAAUAAUCACACUUUUUAAAACAGGAACAACAGAAAAAAGAAGAAAACAUUACUCUGUAAGAAAGCUUAUUUGAAAGAAAAGAUAAGUUGAUCAAUAAUUUCCAAGUUAUAUUUUUAUACAAAAAAGUCAAAGAAAAAUCGCAAAAAUAAAAAACUCACAAAAAACUAAAAAAUUAAUCACAAAAUGGUAAAAAAUACAAAAAAAAAACAUUUGAAAACUGAAAAAAAACAGAGACGUAUAUAUUACUUACAUUGAUAAGGCAGCCCUAAAUUCGAUCUAUAUUUGUGCAGCAGACUUUUGUGAACUAUCAGCCAUGGAAGUUAUCGAAUCGACUGAAUGUAAAAAUAAUCUUCUGGAAUAGUUGGCCAUGCAUUUCGAUAAACGAAAUUUUCCUUUUGACAACAAUUUCAUGUUCCGUGAUCAAUGGCGGCUCGUUUUUGUUAACCGAUGUCUGCUGCACAAAAGUUACGAUAAACCAUAAUAAAACACCUUACAAACCAAGAAGAAAAAAAUAGAGAGAUCAUACACAAUUUUUGCAUUGUUGCCAUAUAUCUAUAUUUUUUAUUAUUGUGUUAAGAUUCUGUGCGAAAGAGAAAGAGAGAGGAGUUAAGAUCGAGAGAAAGUGAAAAAAAAAAUGCGAGAGCGCGGGGUUCGGACACAUCUCUUUCAAACGAGUAUAGUCGUCUUUGAAUUCUCUCACCCCUACGAAAACACGCGCACUCAGCAAGAAACGAAAACGAAG